CAGGAUAAACACCGGCAAAGUUCUUGUUUCGAACUUCUUUUUCAUAAUUACUGUCUCUAAAAAUUGUCAAUAUUCCGCUUUAUUAGAUUAAAUUGGACAUAAUUAGAGAAAAUGGUGUUAGCUCAUAAUAUUUCUAAUAGAAAGAGGACAACUGACGUACAAAUAUACCAAGAUGUAACAUUCGAUACCAUGCUUCUUUCUAAUGAUACGUUAAAUGGGCUUAAAGAAGCAGGUUUUUUCAAACCUUCUCCAAUUCAAUUGCAUGGUAUUCCCUUAGGAAAGUGUGGAUUUGAUUUAAUGUUAGAAGCAAAGUCGGGAACUGGUAAAACUGCUGUUUUUACCAUAAUUGCAUUAGAAAAAUUAGACCUUAAUAAGGGCAUACAAGUUAUAAUUCUUGCACCAACUCGUGAAAUAGCUGCUCAAAUAUGUGAAGUUUUGAAACAAAUAGGAUGCAAAUAUGAUGGCUUAUGUGUUGAAGUUGUAAUGGGUGGUCUACCAAUUCAAGAUGAUAUUAAUAAAUUUAAAGAAAAAAAUGUACAUGUUGUAGUUGGAAGUCCAGGACGGCUAAAACAUCUUGUUCAAGAUAAACAUAUUGAUACAAAUUCAGUGAGACUUUUAAUUCUUGAUGAAGCUGACAAAUUAAUGGAAAAGAGCUUUUUGACAGACAUUCAGUUCAUACAUACUUUUUUACCAAAACAAAAACAGGUAAUAUUAAGUAGUGCUACUUAUCCUGAAAACUCUAAAGAGCUCAUUAGUCAAUUUGUUUGUGGUGCCCAACAUAUCUGCCCUAAUAGUAAUUGUGUCCUAUUAGGAGUGGCUCAGAGAAUAACAUAUGUAAAAUAUAAUAACAACAUUGUAAAACAAACAGAAUACAGAUUCAAAGAGUUGUUAAAAAUUUUAACAAAAAAACAAUUUAAACAAUGUUUAAUUUUCUGUAAUUAUCAAACUAGAGUAGGAGAUUUACAUAAAAUGUUGACUAAAGAAAAGUGGCCUGCAGAACAGUUAUAUGGUAAACAAGAACAAACUGAUCGAUUAGAUGCGAUUAAAACUUUACAGGAAUAUAAAUGUAGGCUUCUUAUAUCUACUGAUUUAGCAGCUCGGGGAAUUGAUGCAUCAAAUGUAGAUCUAGUCAUCAAUUUUGAACCUCCCUUUGAAUGGCAAACUUACUUACAUAGAAUAGGAAGAGCUGGAAGGUAUGGAUCUUAUGGCAUGGCCGUAACUAUACUUAGUGAAGGUAUGGAAGCAAAAAAGUUUUUAAAUUUGCUCGAAGCUUUGAAAAUAUCUGUUAACUUAACAUGUCUUUGGAACAACGAUGACACAAAUGAGGGUGUUGAUGGAAAAGAACCAGUUGAACCAACCAUGUCUGAAUAUACAUCAUUGUCUAAAAUUACAAAAGAUAACAACUACAUAGACUUUUGGGAAAUUUUAUGUGAUAAAAAAGAUCUUUUAGAAGUAAAUAAAACUGUAGAAAGCUUUGAGGAUUUAUUUAAAUCAUUUGAGGUAGUAGAAAUGGACAAUAUAAAAUCAUUUUCUGAUUUGCUUAUGUCUUUUAACAACAAUAAUUUACCAGACUCUAAUGAAAACUGCAGUUGUCAGUACAAAUGUAUUGAUGCUCCAAAUAUACUAGCUAAAGAUUACCUUGAAAGAAUAAAUAAAAUAAAACAGAGUAUUCUUAAUACCUCCAAAAGAAAACCUACAGAGUCAAGUACUGAACAUAAAAAAUAUCAAGAUGCUAAAAAUCUUUCAAUUAAUGAAAUGGAUAUAGAAAAUGAUAAUAUUAAAAAUAAUUGUCAAUCAGAAACACCAGUUAAUGCUUAUAAUAAUAAUAAUAAAAAUCUAGUUGACAGUAAUAAUAGAUACUUUGAAAAAAAAAAUAUAGGAGUAAAUUAUGAGGCAACCAUUAGUAAUGAAGUUUUAAAAUUGGGACUUCCAGAAACUUUCAGUGGCUCAAAAAGUAAAACAAAAUUAGGAAAAAGUUCAAAAGAAACGGUAUCAAAAGGUACUCAAAAAAAAAAGAAUUCUAUUUCUGAUGAAUAUUUGAAAAAUAAAAAAGAAUAUGUUUUAAAUAGUCAAAGUUCAGAAUCUGAAUACAACGAAACUAUUACAAAAUCCAAACAUAAGGCUAAGUAUAAUAGAAGAAAACAAUCAAAUUAUUCUAAACAGAAUUUUACAUCCAAAGAUUCAUCUUCAAAUAUUAGUAAUAAUGUUUAUUAUGAAUGCAGUAGAAGAAAUAAUGAAACAAAUUCCUAUACAAACUGGUAUAAUCAACUAAAAUUUAAUGUAAAACAAAUUGAAAUAGCAGUAUACAUUGAUGAACUUAGUAAAUUAUAGAUUAAAUUUAUGGUUAUUAUAAUACAGCUAUUAAUAUGGUAAUGGAUCCUUUUAUUGUUUACACAAAUCUUUGUUUGAUGUAUGAAAUAAUAAAUUUGUUCAACAGCAGCACUUUUGGUUAUAUCUAUAGCCUGUUCCAACCACAGAAGGUGUGAGGAGUAAAGGCGAAUAUAUCUUGGGUCAAGAUGGUGAAUAAUCUAUGGCAGCCAUUCUCAACUUUUUUCUUUUAUAAAUGAUGUUUAUGAGACGAGGUUAAUACAUAAAUUGUAGGAAAUUGUCUCUAGUUGAUUUUAUUACAUAACUAUUUUUAUCAUAAAAUGAGUCGAAACGGAGUUAUUCUCAAAAUACUGUUUAUGACCGCCAUUUUUCCAAUAUGGCGGUGCGAGCGGCAAAGUAAAAAUUUGAAAAGAGCACGUCGAAAUCUAUAAUAACACCAAUUUUCAAAAUUUCCGAAAAACUUUCCAAAAGGGAACUUUUUCGCACCAAAUGACUGUCUACUAUAAGUUGUAACAACUUUAAAAAAAGUUU